AUGCCGGGUUGGGGACCGCCGCCGGGAGGACCUCCAGGGCCGGGAGGGCCAUGUGGCUGCUGUGCUUUCUGUUGUGAUGGAAUUUUCAGGCUUUUUUCUUCAUGUUUCUAUCUCUUGUGCUGCUGUUGCAUCCUAGAGAACUGCUGUGGACCUAUGUUUGGUGGGCCACCUGGACCCCCUGGCCCACCUGGCGGGCCCCCUGGACCUCCCCCGCCAUGGUAG